AUGCCUCCUCCUCAACAACAACUUGUAAAGCAAAUAAUGAAAACAGGGGCGAUUAAUAUGCUAUUUAAGAAUGGAAAAAGAAUACAAGAAUUUGAUGCAUCAACCAAUGCUUCGGACUUUCUUUUGAAUUUUCCAAGAGGAGCUUAUACGACUAUGAGAACACUCCAUAGACAUUCCAUAUUUCAACUUAAAUUUCAUAUUCAUCGAUUAAUAUACAGUACAACAAAGAUGAUUGCUGAUGAGCUUUUGGAUAUUAGUCAGAAAUCUCCAAAUUCCGAGCAGUUGAUUGAAAAUUAUUUAAACAUUGCCAAGGAAAAUCAUAGAAUCGGUGCCUAUCCACUUUCGUUGAUGACUUCUGUCGAUAAUUGCAACAAUGAAACACAUGAAUUGUUUCUCGAAGAAGCAAUAAGAAUUUUAUCUCAAGACAUUUGCGAAUAUUAUAAGAGUGUUGAUGGCAUGGAUGAAAUGGAAAUAUGUACAGAAACUUGCCCAACUGUUCCAAUGGACGAGCUAAAAAUUACAUUGCUUUUGGUUUGGUAUCAUCAAAUCUCAUCAUCAGAAGAUAACUCCUUUGAAAACGAAGUGAAAAUUUCAACAACCUUCGAUUUAUAUUCUCACAUUACAAAACUUGGAGAAAGACCUUCAAAACCAGUGCUUGUCGACAUUUUGCCUGGCAGCAGAUGUCAUCUUGGAAAUGCAAAAGAUAGCAUUUGGAUUACUGAACGAAAUGCAAUGAUAGACCGUAAAUCGAAAGGCUCCAAUGAGGUGAUCAUGUGUGAGAGUGACGGAAUCGUAAGAGAAGGCCUUAGCUCCAAUUUUUUCAUCGUUGACUCUUCAAAUCGAGUGGUUACUGCUAAAGAAGGAAUUCUAUUUGGAAGCGUGCGUGGAUUGUUAAUUCCAACCAAGGAUCAAGCUGAGAACAUUAUGGAAAAUACAGGAACUCAAAAUGACUCCUCUGAUACUGUGCUUAAAUCUGACGAGUAUUGUGAAGAAACCCCCAACUUGGCAGAUAUUUUGGCAUGGAAAGAAGCUUUUAUCACAAGCACCUCAAGACUUGUUUUACCAAUCAAGACCAUGAACAUUGCAAAAGAAUGCAUUGAUGAAAUUCUUCCUCGUGAAAAAUCUCAAGAAAUUAAGCAAAGUGGAAGGCUUCAAGAUUGUGGAACGUAUUACUCUUUUACUUUUGAGAGUACACAAUUUUCAGAGAAUUUAAAUCGGUUACUGAUAAGCAAAAUGCAAACAAUGAGCAUUAAGGUGGUGACCUCCGAUUCAUGCCAUUGA